AUGGUCCCGGUACCGCAGAGCUGCGCGGCAAACCUCAAAGCCCUAGCGGUCACCGGCGACCUCUUCACUUUCCCUCCCAGCAACUACCCAUCUCUCACCCAUCUCCUCAUUGAGUUCAACUUCGACUGGCGAUUGUAUCACACAGAAGACACUGUCUCUCUUCUUCGGUCCACUCCACAGCUCGUAUCCCUCCACUUCUGCCACUAUUUCCACGCACCGAUAGAGUCGUCUUCUGGCCAAGGUCGUGUCUCGCUACCACACCUCCGCGCACUCACAUUCCACAACAGUUGGUGUCAUUCCGUCAAUAGCCUGCUCUCGGCUCUGCUCCUCCCCGAAGCACCUGUCCGCGGAUUCUUCGACCUGCACCACGUCGCCACAAGCGAUCUCAAUCGAAUACAGCUGCUUGAGGGGAUCCUCCGGCCGUUCCGUCCAAGUCUCUCCACCGCCGGAGAAGCGGUCCUGGACGUCGACCUCGAGGACAUGCUCAAAUUCGCGUUUGAGCCCGACGGUCUUGGCAUUGGUCCCAGGGUAGCCAUAAAGAUGUACGAUGCGAGAGGCCACAGCGAGGGGUGGGGCCCCGGCAUGGUCAACCUCACUCGCGUCCUGCCCAGCGUGCUCAACGCGGUGGUCUCGCUGCGCCUCUCCGGAACCCCCUCGCCGGCGUCCCCAGGCGCAUCGCUCCCAGCACUCCUCGCGCACAUGCCCGCGCUCCGCGAGCUGGUCCUCGACUUCGCAGAGCGGAGGUACGACGAGUCGGAGUCGACGGAGUGCGGGUCCCUGCUCGCGUUCCUGACGCCGACCAGCCGCGACGGCGCGUCUCAGGCCACGGCUACGCCCCUCCCACACCUCGCCGUGCUCGGCCUCGGCGCGAACUGCUACACGCUCGACAGCACCACGCAGAUGGCGACCGCGCUCAAGGCCGCGCUCGUCGCGCGCGGGUGCCGCCUCUUCCGCCUCGUCGUGCGCCCGCGUCGGGACGCAGACGCCCCCUCCGAGCCGGAUGGUCCGACAGGGAGCCCGACGGCGGAGGGCCCGUUGUUCGCGGCGCAGGAGGGCGUCCUCCGUGCCUUCGGACUCGACGCGCACGCGGACCAUUUCGAGGUCCUCCCGCCCGGGCUGGGCGGACUCGGGCUUGGGACGGGGGACGCAGAGUCGGCCGUCGGCCGGUGGGCGGAGGCGGAGGCGGACUGGGGCGAGAGGGAGCGCAUCGUAGCGGCGUGGUUGGACGAUGUAAUCGCUGGGGACGAAGUCCAUACCUCUGUGCAGCUCACCUGCCUCCUGCGCGCCGCGGCUGACCUUCUCGCCAAGCGGUCAGAGUGGUCGAGCCCCAACGCGGGCUCGGUGGGGGCGGCCGCCGUGGUGUUCCUGCGCGGGAUGGUCCCGACGCUGUCCUUCGUCGACGUCGCGACGGAGCGCUCUCGGGACGAGUGGUACUGCUACGAAGCUGUGCUGGGAAGGGGCGGCGCCGAGGUCCGGGCGAUGUGUAUCGCGUCGCGGCGGGUGUCUGAGUUCGCGUAG